AUUAAGAAAGAGAGAAACUUAUACGGCGUCGCGACGACGAUCUUUUUCGUAUCGUCGUCGAUGUACUUCCGAGGCGGAAUCCACGCAACGUGUAUAUCAGAGACAAACUGAUGAAUGGAGGAACGAAUUAUGGUCUGCGACGAUUAGUGGAUCUUCGAGGGGGUUCUUUUGCUUGGCUGCUCGAUUACUCGACCGUCCGCACCGUUGCUGAUGACACACGACGCUAAUUGUCGUCUCGUUGCCGAUAAAGUGGUCGUGUAUCGAGAAUAAUAUAUCGAGACGACCUAUACUCUACAAGAGAGAGAGAGAGAGAGACUUUACCGCCUCGGAUCAGGUGGUACGAAGGCGAGACCAAAGUUCGACGACGAUGGACGCCGGACGGUAGAGAGGAAACGUGGUGAAUAAUCAUUCCUGCGCGGCGAAAGAAACGAGAGCGCGCGCUCGCGCCAUGUUUCCUGCGGCGGGCAAGGGCGAGCGAAGAAGUUUGCGCGGAAGCACGCGGCUCUCGUCCAAGAUGUCGGGUAAGCUGCCCCGGUUGCGCGCAUUGCGACCGCGGCAGCAGCACCAGAGGCGAGCGAGAACGGCGGAGGCCGCCGUCGUCGUUGCGGUCGACGCCGCCGCGACGCCGAGACCGGAAGGUAACCUUAAAGGGACCGUCGGAGCAGCGAGUCACGAGGUGGAGGAGCACGAUGCGAAGGGACACGACGCGAAGAAGGGCGACGAAGACACGGUGGCCACGUCCAGCGAUGCGAUAAGCAAUACGAACGUGAUGAACGAGGAUAAGGACGAGGUGACGUUGACCGCCAUCGACGAGAGAGACGAGGAAGCGACGCUGGACGACGACGUCGAUGUCAAAGCGAUGUCCAAGAAGACGAUCAACAUCGAUACGAAUGAGCGGGCGUCUUACGAGUGCAAGACCUGCAAGCCGCCCAAAUCGCUGUCCAGUAUCAAGGCCUACUUCGAGCACCUACGAAAGGACCACAAGUACAAGGGCAAAAAUGAGCACAGUCCAGUUGAAAAUCGUUGCCCUGCGUGUUCGUAUGUUGCAUUGAACGUGAAAGAUCUUGAAAAUCACCAAAGAGUGCAUCAUUUGAAAAGAAAAUUCUUUCGAUGCGCAAAAUGCGAUUACGUGACGCACAUCAGAGCGCGUUAUACUAAGCAUGUUAAAUAUCAUUCUAUGCCGAUGAUCAAGUGCGAUGCUUGUGAUUUUAGUUCAGCGUAUAAGUGGAAUCUAGAAAGACACAUGCGGAAUCAUGGAGGUGGAGGUGCUUUCAAAUGUCGUGCAUGUAAUUUUACUGCUGAUAUCCGUCAGAGCUUAACGGUGCAUGAGUCGUAUCAUCAUGACCCACCUGUGGGUCAGAUCAACCGCAAAAAUAAUAACGCUUUCGAACGUAAGCCACGAAAUAGUCCAAAACGUUAUAAUCAGGUUGGAGCCAGUGACUUUCGAGAAGCGUUAAGUAAAAGUGGAAGUACAACCGCGUCAGCCGCUUCUUCUGACUCGUUCGUAUCAGAUCAUUCAUUAAUUUCAAUAGACGAUAAGAAAAGCGCCAUGGCCAGCGCAGAGUGCAUCGCGUUAAAAUGCGAAGAGAAAGGUUGCCAAUUUAUAACAGCUUGGAAUUCCGAGAUGCAACGUCAUUUAGCAGAAUGUCAUGCGCCGGUUGCCUCAUCAAAGCCAAGAAAGCCACUGCCAAUGUUAAUUCCACUGAGCCUUGCGAGCACCAAGUCGAAUAACACUCUCAACAAUAGUGGGCCACCUACAACCCUGCUGAAAGUUCCACGCGUUCGAGUGAGACCUGAACUGGUGCAAAUUGCAAAAGAGACGGAACUCGCGAAGAUGUAUGGAAGCAAGGGGGCCGCGAAUUCGAAGAGGAAUUUCAAUACUGCGACUGGUGUAUUUGAGAGAAAGAAUGCCUCCUUCUUCGAUAAAUUAAAGGAAAAAUUAACAACGACAGCGACUUCGAUUAAUAAUGGUGUACCGGAGGUAGCUGUAAGUAAUGAGAACGACUUGAAAUGCUGGUGUACGUAUAAAGCUAGUAGCAUGGAAGAGCUAACUUGCCACAAACAGACGCACCACACUGCGCUCAGCGUGUCCGUGAGCACACGUUGCCCUAAGUGUAGAAGACGGUGCAAGAGUACAACCGAUCUCCAAACGCAUAUGCAAUGCUGUCAUUCGCGUGACGACACAACUCUGUCCAUCGAUAGUAGUUUAGAGAAAGUAACGAAUCGCUCGGACAUCCGCAUGACCUCGUACCGUGAGGAAUUCUCUUUUCCGUCGCAAAUGGAUUGGGACGCCAAUCUCAAAGGAUUAAAUUCUUCUGGACCUCCGUUUGAAGGUGGUCCGACACAUCCGAGCGGGCGGCGGGUAUUCAAAUGUCCCCAUUGUCCAUUUUGGGCUUCCACCGCAAGUCGCUUUCACGUACAUAUAGUCGGUCAUUUAAACCGGAAGCCAUUCGAGUGUUCAAUGUGCGCGUAUCGUUCUAACUGGCGAUGGGACAUCACAAAACAUAUUAAGCUUAAAGCAGCUAAAGACGCAGUGCAUAAGAGAGCCAGAGUGCUCAUGACGGAUGAGACAGGUCGACGGAAUUAUUCCAAAUAUAACAAAUAUCUCGCACAGGUAGAACAGCAAUCGUGGGAUGAGGAUCGUAUGGAGCAGCGUAGUAUAGAAGAAACAAACUCUGAAGAAUUGUCAACAAAAUUAUUGAUUGUGGGCAAUAAAGAAUAUGUUCCAAUGACUAGUUCAGCAUCACAAUCUCCCAUUACAAUUUUAUCAACAAACGAGACAAAUCAGAACAGUCAUAAUGUAGAUAUGCGACCUCCACCACCACUCAAAGCAGCGGUUAGAAGUCGCGGGCAAUCUUUGUUGAAAAACAGUCCUAUCACGAUGCAUGUACAGACUUCUAGUGGUGGUGGUUCCGUCUCUAUAUCUACAGCGGUAGAUGAGAAUAAACGUACUCAGAAUCAGUGGAGGUGCAAACGUUGUAAUUAUCGAGAUACCAACAAAGAUAAUAUAUUGCUGCAUGUUAAAUCUCAUUACGAAUCUGCUAAUCAAGAAUCUAUCGAAGGAAAGAAUCCAUUUAGUUGUGAGGAAUGUCCGUUUUCAGCAUCAGAUGCUGCCACUCUGUCCAUUCACAAGAUGCACCAUCAACCGAACUUAGAGGCUAUAUUUAAAUGCUAUCUUUGUCCAUACUACGUUAGUACAAAGGCAGAACUGUUGGAGCACGCUAGACUUCACGGAGAAGAGUUGGCAGCUAUGCAUCAACAAAAUAUGGAUUUCUCAUUGUCCAAUCCCAAGAACAAACAGCAACAAAUAUCAAUUUCUGAAGGCAGUAUUUCUCGAACAAAAGACGAAUCGUCUAUCGAACGAAUGAUUCAGAUAACGUCACAUAACAACGUAACGACGUCUCCAAAAAUCACAGAAUCUCAACAAUCUCCACUGCCGUCGCUUCUUCUGGAUACUCGUGCUCUUCCGGAUGCUCCGCUAGUUUGGGUAUCGCGACCAGAUGGCACGUUGACGAAAAUGCUCAAAUGCCGCCAUUGUCCGUAUAUCUCAUCACGACGUGCGGAAGUGCGCGACCAUGAGACAAUGCAUGUAGACGUACCAACUCAGGGUCCCUUGAUUGCCUGCACGGAUUGUAGCUUUAGUUGCACACGUCGGGAAGUCAUGAUCGCCCAUACAGAAAUGCAUGCAGGAUCUCUCGGUACUGUUCACUGUCUUUUUGACGAAACGCGACCCGACUCUCAACAGGUAAAUGAUCUGGUCGCUUUGCUUGGUCUGGCGCACAGUCCCCCGCUAGGUACCGAGCCUGAUCUGCAGGAUUCCCGUUUGGUACACUGUUGUGGCAAGUGUCCAGCACGGUUUCUAUGUGAGAAGGAGUUACGUAUCCAUCUGCGUUAUCACUCCACAUUAUUAGCAUAUUCAUGCCAAUGGUGUUCAUAUGCAGCGCGACAGCCGGCGCAUCUAUUAGCUCAUCAAAAAGCACACUCGACAGAAUAUCAAGAGCGCACCAAAUAUCUAUUGUCCUUGUACGGUCACUCGCAGCGUUAUCCACCGCCUACGACAGCAUGCGUUGAAGUGGAUAAUCGGGAAAACAAUGACAAUGCAUUGAACGUCGCGUGGAUUGUUGUUGAAAUCAAUGAAAAUGCAAACAGUUAUAACAGUGUCAACGGCACGACGGAGACCGUUCAAAGAACUGGUCAAGUAUUUACAUGUGCUAAGUGUCCGGCUCGUUACUUCAAACUGGAUGCUUUGGAAUACCAUAUGACACUUCAUGGUUCAAACAAUCGAUUCAAAUGUGAUGACUGUGAUUAUUCAUCGAAAACAGAACAAAAUCUAUUAAAACAUCAAGUGGUACAUCGACGACGCAGCGAAAUUAACGAACCACCUGCGAAGUUAACAUCUACCGCAGAUUCUGCUUCAUCUCCCCCCGAAUCUCCGCUGCAAACACCACCGGAUCCACAAUUUGGUGUCUUUAUGCGUGGCAAUCCUAAUUUUGUUUAUCCAGGUUAUCUACGGAAUGGUCGUCUGAAAGAAAAACGUUACAAGUGUCACAAAUGUCCGUCCGCUUUUGAAAAGCGUGAACAGUACAGAGUUCAUCUAACUUUACACGGUGCAAAACAACGCUAUCGUUGCACCACGUGCGACUACUCUGUCAAAUAUUAUGCGAAUUACGUACAGCAUCUGAAAAAACACCAGGCAAACGCAGAAGCGCAGGCAUCUCGGAGACAAUUCGAGGAUGAUCGGAUUUCAGUGGAUAGCGAUAGCAUUAUUAACAGUGUAUCGGCAUCGUCACGUAAGUCAUCAAAAUCGUCUGCUGUUAACACGACGGUGUUAUCUUCCGCUAACAACGCAUUCAAUAACAAUGCGCUACAACCCUCUAAUCAAGAUAGGCAGAGUUUAUUGUUAAUGCAAAAGAAGGGUAUCAUUUCGCCAGCGAGCGACGCCGAUGUGGAAACAAUUCGCUGCCAGAGCUGUCCGUUCUCCACUACCGAUAAGGAUGUCAUGGAUUCACACAAGCGUCGCCAUGGUAUUGAACGCAUGACGCCGCCGUGCCCGCAUUGCGAUUACAUUCCGCGAAAAGACGAAAACAUUGGUGAGCAUAUCAAACUGCACUUCACGAGAUUAUACAAGCCUGAAUCCUAUCUUAUUGUUGAAUUGCUGACACUGACAAUGGAGAAAAUAUCUGCGAACAACAAAAAUGAUAAGGGUCAACGAUUGAAGGAAUUACUGUUCAAGGAAUGUGCCGACGGUAGAUUCCUACCGCUCACCGAAACGAUCAACACUUAUUCUUUAGGUACCUCUUCUUCGAAAGUAAAAGUUGCCAAGGAGAAGGUUAUUAUAGAUCCAAAUACAGGCGAAACCAAGCAUCGUCUUGCGACGUAAAUAAAAUAUGAAACCAUCUAGCAAUCUCGAUAAUCAGAUUAUUUCUGAGUCCGCGACAUGUUCAUAUGCCUUUUUCUAUGUAACAAACUGGUCGGAAAUUAAUGAUAGAUAUAAUUAACCU